GAAUUGUAUGGGAUUUUUGAACAAUUUCCUGUAAAAGUAAAGGGAAAUAGAGUAAAUUCAAAUCGUUUUCCAACUUUGGCGGUCGUUCUCUUUGGAAUCGUGCCUGCCCGGAAAGAGUGCGAGGUGCGGAAAACGCUGUGGACGCAUAAACCGUUUGUUCGAUUCCAGCAUGGGCGGAGGAGAUUUGAAUACGAAAAAGUCAUGGCAUCCCAACACGAUGAAGAAUCAGGAACGCGUGUGGAAGGCGGAACAGCAGGAGGCCGCAGAGAAGCGCCGGUUGAACGAGCUGAGGCGCGAAAUAGACGCGGAGCGCAGUCGGGAGGAGCUGAAGAGUAUGGCCCAAAAAUCGGGCGUCAUACCGGAUAGCGAUGGGGCCGAUAAGAAGCUGGAAUGGAUGUACAGUGGGCCAUCGCAGUUGGUGAACCGUGAAGAGUACCUGCUCGGCCGCACGAUCGAUAAAACGUUCGAAGAUCUGGAUGCACAGGAGAAGGCCGCCACCUCCAACUCGGCCUUUGGAGUAGCGCAACCGAAGAACCACGUCGAGCACGAAUGUAUCCCCUUUUCCAUCCGCCAGCACAAGGGUGCCCUGAGCAAUGAUCAGGUUGAUCUCGCGCGCAAACUAAUGGAAGAUCCGCUCAUGUUGAUCAAGCAGAAAGAGAUGGAAUCACGCCAAAAGCUGCUCCAGAACCCGGUCAAACUGAAGGAGCUACACCGGCUGCUGAAAAGCGAUCGGCGUCUGCAGGGGAAGGAGGAGAAGGACAGCAGAACAAAGGCCAAGAAGUCGAAAAAGUCAAAGAAAAGCAAAAAGAGUUCCAAAAAGAAGCGCAAAAAAAGUCGAAAGGGAAGCAGCUCCGACAGCGGUUCCGAUGACGAAGAGGAAGGCGUAGAUCUGGACCAACUGCUGGCCGAGAAGUACAAGAAGGUGCAACAUUCGAUGGCAGAAGAGCAUCCGGAGGGUGUCAGUAUCGAUAAACUGUUGACGAUGAAGUAUGAAAAGUUAUCCAAGGAGCUGGACAAAAUGGGCAAUGGCAAGAAGAAGAAGGGCAAAAGACAUCGGCAUGAUCGUAGUAGCAGUGAACGAUCCGUUGAGCGAUCCAAUCAUAGACGCUCGCGAUCCAGCUCUCCACCGAGACGUAAGCAACGAAAGGAAAGUCGUGAUCGUCAAGGCAGAGAAUCUGAUCCGUCCAGGGAGUCUAAAAAGGAUCGCGAUCGUUACAGGCCAGCAACAUCUAGUAGUAGGCGAAGUCGCUCUAGAAGCAGAGACAAAAGAUCGGACGGACCAUCUUCUAGCCGAGGAUACCCUCGCCAGCCUGCCGUUGAUCGUGAUGAGCGACGCCGUGAAACCGCCCAACGGAAUCCUGACCGUGCUCGAUCACGGUCGCGAUCAAACGAAAGGCGACCGCGCAACUCGAGUCCUCGCACUAAAAGCCCCAACCAAUUGAAGGCAAAACUAAGAAACGCUUCUCCAGACUCAUCGCGGUCGGAAGAAUCGAGCUCCUCGGAGAAUUCCACUCCCCCACGGCAAGCGUACGAUUCGGAGGAAGAGAAACGGAUGAAAAAGGUUAAAAACUUUGGGCUAGUGACGGCAUCCGGACAAAAGCUGGAGACGAAAGCCGGCGGCGCCAGUGUGCGGCUGUAUAACCGAGAAGAGAUCAAAGCCGAACAAUCGAAGCAGAAGCCAAUGUGGAGCAAACCGACCGAACGGAAGCGGCCACUGACGGAGGAGGAGCUGGAGGAGAAGCGACGCGCGAUGCUUGAUAAUGCGCGAUGGCGCGAGAAGGAUCGGGCCAACAACGUCAAACGCUACGAGGCGGAAGAUAAUCGGGAGGAUGCUAGGCAUGGUGGACGCGACUACGAUAAGGAGUUUGCGACGAAACAGUUCAAACGGGCGGCCGCUAGUGAAACGGUAGAGUCUCGUAUUCGCUCGAACCGAAACAACAUCCAGCGUUCCACGGGCGCGAUGGAUAGCAAUUUUGCCAAGCGUUAGUGCCCGUCAGAGAUUGAUUGCGUUUAAUAAAAUGUUCUCCAAUACAACA